AUGGCUCCCCAAAGAAAUGCGCGAUCGACGCCGGCUGAGAUCUCCCUCGUCCACCUCAAGAGCUGUCUUGUGAACCUCCCCGCAACCCUCGAGUCACUCCUUGUGAACUUGAAUACCCCGGCGCAAAAUGUGAUUGUCGAGAUAAAUUACCGUCCCGCUUCCGCGAAUGGCGCCCCGCCGCCCACCACGGCCCAGGGCACCUCGGUGUUCCUGGGCUGGACUGGCAUGCCCAGCAAGCGCAAGAUGGCGGCGCCCAUCGACGGGCUUAAUGGGUUUCGCGGCGGCUCCGUCCGGGUCAAGGACCUCCCGCUAGUCGAGAUUGAUGCGGUGCUAGCCAAUACACUCGGUCUCUCGGACGGCCAAAAGGUCCUUACCACCGUUCACAUCGACCCUCCGCUCGUGCAUACCAUCAACAUUGAGCCCUCGACAGCCGAGGACUGGGAGGUGAUCGAGCUGCAUGCCAACUUUCUCGAGCUUAACCUGCAGUCCCAGGUCCGCGCGAUUCCUAAUCCCAAAUACCAUCCCACCGGCGGCUCUCCCGUCGCCCCUCACCUCCUAACCGUCCACCUCUCCCCGACUACAACCGCGAACAUCAAGGUCACGGGCAUCGAGCCCGCCCUCCCCGCCACACAGCCAUUCGCCAAGGCUUCGCAAGGCCGAGGCGACACACGCAGCGUUGCGAGCACUUCCAAGUCGAAGAAGAGCCGCUCGAGCUCUCGGAGACAAAAGGAGGACCCUCCUCCGUCACUGUACCUCCGUGGCUUGGACCGCACCUCCUGUAGCGACUGGUUCGAUGACGAGGCUAGCCCCGGCGAGUUUAGUGUCUGGGCCGACCAAGACACUCUAGCCGCCGGUGGUUUCCGGGGAUUGACUACGUGGUGCCAAGCUGCGCUUUUGGGAGGACUCCCUAACGGUCAGGCGAUUGCUCUUUCGCCCGCUCUAUGCGCUGCAUUCUUCACCCAAAACAAGGUGGGCGGCAUCGUCAAGAUCCAACCUGCCUCUGCGCCCCUCCAGAGAAGCGCCAUCAAGACGCUCAAGGUGCCUGCUAGGGGAGGCCCUGUCUCCGACGGCACCGUCUUUUCCUGCUUCCCGGGCCUGCACGUAGCCCACGGCUGGGAAGGCGGUAUUGUCAAGUUCGAGGGUGAGACGCACAAAGACGACUUGGUGAACUGGGCUGCGUCGCUGGAUGCCAAGGUCAACGUCCAAUUCCAGGCUCCUAUCCCGAAGCCGGCGUCCCACGCCAAGAGCGAGGAUCCCUGGGACCUCAACGCCUCUCCUGAGACAGUCAUGUCCGGCGUGGAUGCCCUAGCAGGCAACCUCUUCACACAGCUGCGCCACAUGUCAUCCACAUUAUUAACGGGCGGCAUGGGCUCGGGCAAGACGUCUCUCGCCAAGGGCAAAGCCAUCGUGAUCCUCGAUGACAUCGACAAGCUAUGCCCCGUGGAGACAGAGUUGGUGGUGGGCAAUGAUAACGAGCGCAGCCGGCUACUGAGUGAAACCGUCGUGUCCAUUGUCAGGCAGUACUGCGAUCAAGCAAGCGGUGUUGUCCUUCUGGCGACGGCAGCCGGCAAGGAAUCCCUCCAUAAAGUGCUGGUUGGAGGCCACGUGGUACGGGAGAUUGUGGAGCUAAAAGCGCCCGACAAGGAAGCCAGGAGGAGGGUUCUAGAUUCCAUUAUACAGCAGACACUCGUGUCCGCCGAUGGAGAUGGUGACGCGAGGGGUUCGGAAAGCGACAGCGAGGAAGCCGGCCGACGACCGCCGACGGAAGCUCGUCUGCGGACGCGCACGCCUAGGGGCGGCUUCACCGUGGACGCCGAUCUAGACCUACUCGACAUCGCGGGCCUCACCGACGGUUAUAUGCCAGCAGAUCUCUUUACCCUCGUGAGUCGAGCGCGCAACGAAGCCAUCUUUAGGCUAAUCAACGGCGGCGAGUUGGCGGAACGUGCGGGAUUGUGUUUGUGCAAGGAAGAUUUCGACAAGGCGCUGAAGGGCUUCACGCCGGCAUCGCUGCGCAAUGUUCCGCUCCAAAAGUCGACAACGACGUUUGCCUCGAUUGGUGGUCUCACGGAAACGCGGCAGGUGCUACUUGAGACGUUGCAGUACCCGACAAAGUAUGCGCCUCUCUUCGCCAAGUGCCCCCUGCGGUUACGGUCUGGUCUUCUCCUCUACGGCUAUCCCGGAUGCGGCAAGACGCUCCUCGCAAGCGCGGUGGCGGGCGAGUGUGGGCUCAACUUUAUCAGCGUCAAGGGACCCGAGAUCCUCAACAAGUACAUUGGUGCAUCGGAAAAGAGCGUGCGUGAUCUGUUUGAGCGCGCGCAGGCGGCGAAGCCCUGCGUGCUCUUUUUCGACGAGUUUGACUCGAUCGCGCCCAAGCGUGGUCACGACUCGACGGGCGUGACGGACCGCGUGGUCAACCAGCUUCUCACGCAAAUGGACGGCGCUGAAGGGCUUUCGGGCGUAUAUGUGCUGGCCGCCACGUCGCGGCCAGACCUCAUCGACUCUGCCCUACUACGACCGGGCCGUCUGGAUAAGUCGCUCAUUUGCGACCUCCCCAAUACGGAGGACCGGCUCGACAUUAUCCGAGCCAUGUCCAAGAAGGUGCGGCUCGAAGAGGAACUCUGGGAGACGGACGAGGCGUUUGCGGAGCUGGCGCGACGAACGGAGGGCUUCUCGGGCGCCGAUCUCCAGGCGCUCGUGGCGAACGCGCAGCUCGAGGCGAUUCACGACGUGCUUCAGGGCCACGAUUUCCCCUACGGCGCUCCUUCUUCGGGCGUCGACAGCAGCGGGACGCCUGCGACGAGCAAGGCGACGGAGCUGGCAGAGAACGCGCGCAUCCUCGCGAAGCUCGAGGGCAUCCGGCUGGCCAAGAAGAAGGCCAAGCAACUGCAAAAGACGCGGGCCUCUGGUGGCGCAUCGGACGCGAACCAAGUCAACGGGGAUGGCGGGGCGGCGGCGGCGGCGACGGGGCCGCACAAGGAGGCGGUCAUUGGGUGGUCGCACUUUGAGGCGGCGCUCGAGGGCAUGCGGCCUAGUAUCAGCGCCGAGGAGAGGACGCGCCUCGGCAGGAUUUACAAGGAGUUUGUUGGGGAGCGGAGCGGGGAGAUGAGGGACGGGCAGGGUAGCUUUGAGGUCGGCGGCCGUAGUAGCCUGAUGUGA